AUGGCCGCCACCAUGGCCGGCGGCAGCCGCAAGCUGAAGUACGAGAAGAUGCUCGAGAAGAAGCGGCACCAGCGGGAACUGGAAGAAAAACAGGUCGACGACUGGAUGAACAAGUACGAUACCGAUGGGAAUGGCAUGAUCGAGAAGGGCGAGUUCGAGAAGCUCAUCCAGGGCGUCUACGGGGGCCAGGGCGUCGCCAUCGAGCCCGAGGUGAUCGCGUCGCUGUUCAAGAAGUGCACCGAGGGCACGGAAAAUCCCGACUCCGUACCGCGAGACAAGCUCCGGGAAACGGUCGUCAAAUAUAAAGAGUCGUUAGUUCAUCACGAGUACCUCAAUGCGUUGAUGGACCAGUUCGACACGAACAAGGACGGGAAUCUCGAUAGAGAUGAAAUAAAACGCAUGCUCCAGAUCAUCCUCAGGGACGGCGCUAAACUACAAUUGAACUCCAAGGGGCGGGAGUACAAACUCAGUUCACUCGAAAACCUCUACAACAAGGGUAUACUGGAUAAGAACAGCUACAUGCAGAAGCUUCACAAGGCGCAGGGCGGCGGCGACGACGUCGUCAAGUACUCCGAGGUGUCGGACGAAGACGUGGACUUCAUCCUCAAGGAGGCCGACGCCGACGGCAACGGCGUGCUGGAUCGGGACGAAGUCUUGGCGUCAUUGGCGCUCUGGACGCGGCUGAUGAAGAUGGCCGAGCCCGAGGAGCCCGCGUCGGGCUUCUCGCAGCUCUGCGCGGUCAUGUAG